GGGAUUCCCAAAUGAGUGCGUUGCUCUCACAUGAUGUUUACUGAACUGGAGGUUGGGAACGAAUGCAUGAAAGCGGCAAGAAGCAAUAUCUCAGGCUGGGAAUCUGCUUCCUGAAUGCUGGGAUAAAACGACAUGUAAUCUGAGGAAGAGGUGGAGAAAGUUUGAACAAACAGCCACAUGACGAGUGAAGUAUUUAAACCAACUUGAAUGGAACUGGCUGUCCUUGUAACUAGUAGCUAAUCAGCGCUGCUUCUUUUUAAACCGAAAAGAUAUACUUUUUUGCAAAGUGCUGGAUGCAAUUUGAGUUCCUGGUUUUGCAAACAUGCUGACUGUGCCCCAAACAGAGGUUUACACGUAUGAGAAGGUUGUCAUUGUGCUGUCCUGUUGCAGCUCCUUCCUGGGUUCCUUGCUGAUUAUAGGCACUCACUGCUGGUGGCCAGAGCUCAGGACCAGAGCUCGCCAGCUCCUGGUCUACCUCUCCCUCGCUGACCUGCUGUCGGCCGCCUCCUAUUGCUAUGGGGUGCUGCGGGAUUUCCAGAGCUCCACCUGGGACUGUGUGCUGCAGGGAGCCGUGUCCACCUUCGCCAACACCAGCUCCUUUUUCUGGACAGUGGCGAUUGCUGUCUACCUGUACCUGCUGCUGGUCAGGUCGGAGCGGGCUUUCGCUGAUAGCCUGGUACUCUGGUUUCACGCUGUGAGCUGGCUCGUGCCUCUCCUCAUCACUGUGGCUGCUGUCAGCCUGCAGAAGAUUGGCUACGAUGCAUCAGACGUGUCAGUGGGCUGGUGCUGGGUCAGUAUCCAGGCAGAAGAUCACGUCUUGUGGAUGCUGCUAACAGGCAAAAUUUGGGAAUUUAUAGCUUACAUCACCCUGCCAACUCUUUACAUCCUCAUUAAGAAGCACAUCUACAAAGCGCACGAAGCCUUAUCAGAGUAUCGCCCAAUCCUCAUCAGCAGUUCCAGCCAUCACACGAGAUCUUCAAUUGCAGAUCGCAAGCUCACCAUCAUACCUAUCAUAUUUAUCUUUCUACGAAUCUGGAGCACAGUGAGGUUCAUUCUGACACUUUGCAAUUCGCCUGCUGUGCAGAAUGGAAUACUGGUAAUAUUACAUGGAAUAGGAAACACGUUUCAAGGAGCAGCUAAUUGCAUUAUAUUCGUCCUGUGCACACAAGUAGUGCGAGCCCGGCUGGUUUCCUGUCUGUGCAGCUGUUUUGGGUAUAGGACCAACUCCAUACCCGACAAAGCACUGGCGAGAAAUUAUGGGGAAGUUGUGUGUCGGCGGAAUGCAGAAAUGUUUCCUUCCUAUGUAGCUGAAGAGUAAGUGAUUCUAAAAGACACAGACAGGGGGGGGGGGCAGGGUGCAAACUGAAGCCGGCUUUGAUUCGUUUUAAGCAAUAUCACAAAACUGGCCGCAGCACAUGCCACUUUUGUUUUUGUCACCAGGUAGAAUUUUAUUUCAUUGUGGUGCUGAAGUUAAUUGGUGGUACGUUAAUUGGCCUACAUUAAACUGGGUUAUAGUCCAACAGGUUUAACUGGAAGCACUAGCUUUCGGAGGGUUGCUCCUUCAUC